CCAACCCGGAAGUGCUCCUCGCUCCCCCCCUCCGGUUUGGUUCGUCCCACAAUCCCCCGCGCCUUCCUCUCCAAUCUGUCCCCGGGCAGGAUGGCUCCAGCAAAGAAAGGUGGAGAAAAGAAGAAGGGGAGAUCUGCUAUCAAUGAGGUGGUAACUAGGGAAUAUACCAUCAACAUUCACAAACGGAUCCAUGGCGUGGGAUUCAAGAAACGUGCCCCCCGUGCUCUCAAGGAGAUCCGUAAAUUUGCAAUGAAGGAGAUGGGUACUCCUGAUGUACGCAUUGACACCAGAUUGAACAAAGCAGUCUGGGCCAAAGGGAUAAGGAAUGUUCCCUACCGCAUCCGUGUACGUUUAUCCAGAAAACGCAAUGAGGAUGAAGAUUCACCCAACAAGCUAUACACGCUGGUUACCUAUGUACCUGUCACCACUUUCAAAAGUCUACAGACAGUCAAUGUGGAUGAAAACUAAACUGCUUUUCAAUACAAUAAAGUUAUAAAAGUGACACUUA